UGGUUUUUGCAUGGUUUCCCUGGAGGAGAAAUAAAUUUUAUAAGUUCUGUUACCAUCUUUCUUCUCUUUCCUAGGAUAUGAUGGAGCUCCUGGAGGAAGAUCUCACCUGUCCCAUUUGCUGUAGCCUGUUUGACGAUCCUCGUGUCCUGCCCUGUUCACACAAUUUCUGCAGAAAGUGUCUGGAAGGAAUUCUUGAGGGAAAUGUGCGGAAUGUGCUUUGGAGGCCGUCCCCUUUCAAAUGCCCCACGUGCAGGAAGGAAACGCCCGUUACUGGAGUCAACAGCUUGCAAGUCAACUAUUCCCUGAAAGGUAUCGUGGAGAAGUAUAACAAAAUCAAAGUGACUCCAAAAAUGCCUGUGUGCAAAGUGCACAGUGGGCAACCCCUUAACAUUUUUUGCCGGACAGACAUGCAGCUCAUCUGUGGGGUUUGUGCCACCCGUGGUGACCAUACAAAGCACGUGUUCUGUUCCAUUGAAGAAGCUUAUUCCCAGGAGAAGCGGGCUUUUGAAACCCUGUUUCAGGGCUUUGAAACUUGGCGUUGUGGAGAUGCCCUCUCGCGGCUGGAUACCUUAGAAACCAGUAAGAGGAAAGCUCUGCAGAUGCUGACCAAAGAUUCUGACAAAGUGAAGGAGUUCUUUGAGAAGCUGCAGCACACGCUGGAGCAGAAACGAAAUGAGAUUCUCUCUGACUUUGAGACCAUGAAGCUUGCAGUGAUGCAGGCCUACGACCCGGAAAUCAAUAAACUGAACACAAUUCUGCAAGAGCAACGGAUGGCUUUUAACAUCGCAGAGGCCUUCAAAGAUGUGUCUGAACCCAUUAUAUUUCUGCAACAGAUGCAGGAGUUCAGGGAAAAAAUCAAGGUGCUCAAAGAAACCCCUUUACCUUGUUCCAGUGUGGACAUCAGCCCUACAAUGAAGAGCUUUGAUACCAGCCAGUGGAAUGGAAUAAAACUAGUUGACGUGGACAAACUUUCCUUGCCUCAGGAAAACAACACUCUUAAAUUCAAGAUUCCCUCAGUCUUUUCGCGCAGAUUUAUAGUGACCUCUCUUAUUUGCUUGCUUAUUCUCGCUGUCACCAGAAUGUCCUUUGUGGAGUCAGUCGUUGACAAUCUCCAGUGCUGGAAAUCUCAAUUCUUUACAAUUAGCUUGUCCUAUUUGGCAGAUACAGUGGAGAUAGCAGAUCAUGCAGUCUUUUACUGGGAACAGAUGACAGAUGGAGCUUCACUUCUAAGAGAAAAGUGUAAAAACUAUACGUUGGUUGUACUGGAUAAUGUUGCACAGUUUGUGUGCAAAUAUAAACUGUUGUGAAGUCCCUGCUGAAAUAUAAGA